UGUGGUGGCGGGUGGAUGUCACGUGACCACUCCGCUCAUGUGACACGGAGAACAAAACGGAAAUAAAAUGGCAGCGACCGGGGACGAGGCUUCAGCCAUGGACAACAUCUCCCGGGCUCCAGCGGCCCACUCAGCGGCUCUGACACCGGCCGCGGGCUCCAGCAGUCAGGCAGAAGGCCCGGAGGAUGCAGCGGCCAGCCCGGCGCCCGCUCCCAGAAAGCCCCACACCAACAGUGAUGGGGGUGUGGAGACAGCAGAGGAGGCUGUGGAGCCUGCAGAGCCUGACAUCAAUGAGCUGUGCACGGACAUGUUUGACAAGAUGGCCAUCUUCCUGCAAGGAGAACUCACAGCCACCUGCGAGGAUUACUGUCUGUUGGAGAACAUGAACAAGUUAACCAGUCUCAAGUACAUGGAAAUGAAGGACAUCAGCAUCAAUAUCAGCCGUAACCUACAGGAUCUCAACAAUAAGUAUGCAAGCCUACAGCCCUACUUGGACCAAAUAAAUCAGAUCGAGGAGCAAGUAUCUGCACUUGAACAAGCUGCUUACAAACUGGAUGCGUACUCCAAAAAGCUGGAGGCCAGAUUCAAAAAACUGGAGAAGAGAUGAGGAGGAAGAAGAAUCACGGUGGCUUCUCACCUUCUCUCACCCGGCCCUGCCUAAGUCUGUCUUUGCCAGUGGAGCAAGGAGCUGUGGGCAGGAUGUUAACUAAGACUGAAACAACAAACAGUUGGAGCCAUUUUGACACCUAGAAUUGACCAAGGAGGAAGCAGCUGAAGGAACAUGAACUAGUAUCACAGUGCUUGGCUUAGAUUUAACUCCAGUAUCACUGUUUUUGGCAGAGGAUAAGCAGCCAAGAUGUACAUGAAUGUACAUUGUAAAUCCACAUUCCUCUGCAGAUAUGCUUUGUGUUGAAUACAACUGCUCAACAACCAGCAUAUCGUAAAUGAGUGGUGCAACAGUCUAUAUCUAAUGAAAAACAGCAGAUUGGCAGGCACUGUACCAGAGUUGUAUAUAAUGACCUUUUUGUCAUAUGUAGAUAAUUUACAUUAUGAACCAUGUUCAUUGAUUUUUUUUUAAUAUAAUAUCCCAGCCCUCUAAUUCUGUUCAAUUUAGGCAACUAACUUCCCUCAAGGGAGAAUUUGACUUAAUACCUGAAACCUAUAUUCAGAGACCUUUUUUUAUAGAUAAAUGUGCCUGCAGAGUGUGAACAGCACCACGUUGUGCUAUAGUUAACAAGAGAUCACUACUUUAAAAGCUACUGUGUAGAGGACAGCUGAGAAUCACAAUCAGUUUGAAGAUUAUAGAUAAAAGAGACAGACAUUUAAUAUGGUUGAAUGGUUGUAUUUUGUUUUACAUGAAGAUUCUGACAAAGAAAAAAUAAAUCAUGAUGUGAACAUCA